AUGUCCACGGCCAAUGGUGGCGGCAACGGCGGUGGUGGAAACACUAACAACAAUAGGACAGUGGAGUUACAGCCCCACCCGGUGAAAGAACAGCUCCCCGGGAUUGAGUAUUGUGUCAAUAGUCCUCCUCCUUGGCUUAAAGCGGUAGUGUUGGGUUUCCAGCAUUAUUUGUUGAGUCUUGGCAUCACGGUUCUUAUUCCAAGUCUCUUAGUUCCACUAAUGGGAGGUGGUGAUGCAGAGAAGGGUAGAGUUAUACAAACAUUGCUAUUUGUGUCUGGAUUAACAACAUUGUUCCAGUCUUUCUUUGGAACUCGAUUGCCUGUGAUAGCUGCUGCUUCUUAUGCCUAUAUCAUACCUGUCACUACCAUCAUUUCCUCAACCCGCUUCACUUACUACACUGAUCCUUUUGAAAGGUUUGUGAGAACAAUGAGAAGCAUACAAGGGGCUCUGAUUAUUGCCGGUUGUUUCCAAGUUCUUGUAUGUUUCUUAGGCGUGUGGAGAAAUAUCAUCAGAUUUCUAAGCCCACUCUCCAUUGCUCCUUUGGCAACAUUUACCGGACUAGGACUUUACCAUAUCGGCUUCCCUUUGUUGGCGAGAUGCGUUGAGGUGGGACUUCCCGGAUUGAUUCUUCUUGUUGUUAUCACUCAGUACUUACCGCGAUGUCUGAAGAUGAGGCAAGGAAUGAAUUGGGACGGAUCAAUAUGCAACCGUUAUGGCAUAAUGGUAUACAUUCCAUUGGUAUGGUUGUUCGCUCUGUUACUCACAACGAGUGGUCUUUAUGACCAUAAGCCUCGAACUACUCAAACUAGUUGCCGUACAGAUCGUGCUGGUCUCAUCACCAACACUCCUUGGGUUUACAUACCAUAUCCUUUCCAAUGGGGAGGCCCAACCUUUGACAUAACUGAUUCUUUUGCGAUGAUGGCUGCCUCUUUCGUCACUCUCUUUGAGUCAACGGGUUUGUUCUACGCAUCCGCAAGAUAUGGAAGCGCGACGCCGAUUCCACCAUCAGUUGUUAGCCGUGGUACUGGCUGGCUGGGAGUUGGUGUAUUACUCAGUGGCAUGCUGGGAGGCAUCUCAGGGAUCACAACAUCAGCAGAAAAUGUUGGACUUUUGGCCAUGACUAAGAUUGGGAGUCGAAGAGUGAUACAAAUAUCAGCUGCCUUCAUGAUUUUUUUCUCCAUUUUUGGAAAGUUUGGAGCCUUUUUUGCGUCCAUACCGUUACCAAUCAUGGCAUCUAUAUACUGCAUUGUAUUAUGUUAUGUGUCUUCUGCGGGACUUAGCUUUCUACAGUUUUGCAACCUCAACAACUUCAACAUUAAAUUCGUUUUGGGAUUUUCCAUUUUCAUGGCUAUUUCAAUCCCUCAAUACUUCACAGAAUACUAUAACGGAGGUUGGCGGUCUGAUCAUCGUUCAAACUGGAUGGAAGAUGUGCUAAGAGUGAUAUUCAUGUCACACGCAACGAUUGCGGGAAUGAUAGCAUUAGUGCUUGAUUGCACAUUGUGUCGUAAGAGCGAUGAAAGCAAGAGAGAUUGUGGGCUGAUAUGGUGGGAAAAGUUUCGACUAUACAAUCUCGACGUCCGAAAUGAUGAGUUUUAUAGUCUACCUUGUUGUCUCAACAAUUUCUUCCCUUCUCAUUGA